CUCAGCCGCAGCUCUCACUCCCUCAUUAUCACCUGUCUUCCCUCCGUUCCUCCCCUCUGGCGAAUCUUCACCGUUUAAUUUAACCGGAUCUUCAAGUUUGAAAAAUGUCAAUCUAAAAGGCCGCUGCUGCGGUUUUUGAAUCAUACUCAAGAACUCCUAGCUUGUUUCAACUUCUGGUCACUAAUGAUAAUACUACAAAUUUAUAGACCAUCCACCUCACAGCAGUUCACACCAGUUAUGGUAUUAAUACCACCGGUCCAACAAACCUACCUGCCGUACCAUUUUCGAUCACCCAUGUGCCAUCGAAAACCUUCCAUCCAUUUCAGAAAAACAACCCAGAUGAUCCUCCAGUGCAACAUUAGCAGAAGAACAUCAAUUGUAGCAACAACUUUGAUACAACUUGCAAGCGAAGCAAUAAUUAGUUCACAAACUGCAAAUGCAUUUGAUUUUAGAAUGACAGUUCCUGACCAGACACUAGAGGAGGCAGAGAGUGGGAUAAGAGACCAUGCACAAAGUUUGUUACAAGUGAAGGACUUGUUGGAGGCAGAGUUAUGGAAUGAAGCACAAAAAGAACUGCGAAAGAGCUCUUCAUAUCUUAAGCAGGAUGUAUAUACCAUAAUUCAGGCAAAACCCGGAAGUGACAGGCCUAAGCUUAGGAAGCUGUAUUCCACUCUCUUCAACAAUGUCACAAGACUAGAUUACGCGGCAAGGGAUAAGGAUGCAAUACGUGUUCGCGAGUGGUAUGAUAGCGUUGUUGUGGCCCUUAAUGACAUUUUAUCUAGAAUAUAAUAUGGUGAAUUUUAAGCUAAUGAGCUAUUUCCCCUAAUUGAGUAAUGUUACAUGAAUUUAA